AUGGCCUCGCUCGUCAGCGCGUACAAGCCCGUCGUCAUCUUCUUGCACGGCUCCGGCGACACGGGCCGCGGCGCGGAGCAGUGGGUGCGGUCGCUGGCGGCGGCGAAGGAGCUGGCCGAGUUCGAGUGGCACUUUCCGGACGCGGAGGUGAUCCCCUACACGCUCGCCGGCGGCGCGCCGACGAGCGUGUGGUACGACCGCGCCGGCGGCUUCGACCCGCACUUCCCGGAGCAGACGGCGUCCGUCGAGGCGUCGUGCCGCAAGGUGCUCGGCCUCGUCGAAUCCUUCGUCGCGCGCGGCGUGCCGCCGCACAAGAUCGCCGUCGGCGGCUUCAGCAUGGGCGGCAACAUGGCCUACCAGACGGCGGCGCGCUACCACCAGCGCGCGCCGCACGCGCCCCUCGGCGCGGUCUUCGGCCUCUCGUGCUACAUGGCCGACGAUUCGCCGGCCUACGGCAUCGCGCACCAGUCGGGCGCCGCGUGGCCCAAGACCUUCGUGCGCCACGGCUCCGCCGACGACUUCAUCCGGCCCGAGUGGGGGCGCCGCACCUUCGACCGGCUCAAGGCCGCGGGCGUCGACGCGAAUUUCGACCUCGUCGCCGGCGCGCGCCACGAGAUGGUCCCCCGCGAGAUCGGCGAGCUCCUCGACUUCCUCGGCGGGAACCUCGUCGACGGGGGCAACCUGCUCUAA